AUGAUGGACACAGUUCCUCUGAUGGACACAGUUCCUCUGAUGGACACAGUUCUAGUUCCUCUGAUGGACACAGUUCUAGAUCCUCUGAUGGACACAGUUGUAGAUCCUCUGAUGGACACAGUUCUAGUUCCUCUGAUGGACACAGUUCUAGAUCCUCUGAUGGACACAGUUCUAGAUCCUCUGAUGGACACAGUUCUAGUUCCUCUGAUGGACACAGUUCUAGUUCCUCUGAUGGACACAGAUCCUCUGAUGGACACAGUUCUAGUUCCUCUGAUGGACACAGUUCUAGAUCCUCUGAUGGACACAGUUCUAGAUCCUCUGAUGGACACAGAUCCUCUGAUGGACACAGUUCUAGUUCCUCUGAUGGACACAGUUCUAGAUCCUCUGAUGGACACAGAUCCUCUGAUGGACACAGUUGUAGAUCCUCUGAUGGACACAGUUCUAGUUCCUCUGAUGGACACAGUUCUAGAUCCUCUGAUGGACACAGUUCUAGAUCAUCUGAUGGACACAGUUCUAGAUCCUCUGAUGGACACAGGUCUAGUCCUUCUGAUGGACAUAGUUCUAGAUCCUCUGAUGGACACAGAUCCUCUGAUGGACACAGUUGUAGAUCCUCUGAUGGACACAGUUCUAGUUCCUCUGAUGGACACAGUUGUAGAUCCUCUGAUGGACACAGUUCUAGAUCCUCUGAUGGACACAGUUCUAGAUCCUCUGAUGGGCACAGGUCUAGUCCUUCUGAUGGACACAGUUCUAGAUCCUCGGAUGGACACAGUUCUAGUUCCUCUGAUGGACACAGUUCUAGAUCCUCUGAUGGACACAGUGGUAGAUCCUAUGAUGGACACAGUUCCUCUGAUGGACACAGUUCUAGAUCCUCUGAUGGACACAGUUCUAGAUCCUCUGAUGGACACAGAUCCUCUGAUGGACACAGUUCUAGAUCCUCUGAUGGACACAGGUCUAGUCCUUCUGAUGGACACAAUUCUAGAUCCUCUGAUGGACACAGAUCCUCUGAUGGACACAGUUGUAGAUCCUCUGAUGGACACAGUUCUAGUUCCUCUGAUGGACACAGUUCUAGAUCCUCUGAUGGACACAGUUCUAGUUCCUCUGAUGGACACAGUUGUAGAUCCUCUGAUGGACACAGUUCUAGUUCCUCUGAUGGACACAGUUCUAGAUCCUCUGAUGGACACAGUUCUAGUUCCUCUGAUGGACACAGUUCUAGAUCCUCUGAUGGACACAGUUCUAGUUCCUCUGAUGGACACAGUUCUAGAUCCUCUGAUGGACACAGUUCUAGUUCCUCUGAUGGACACAGUUCUAGUUCCUCUGAUGGACACAGUUCUAGUUCCUCUGAUGGACACAGUCCUAGAUCCUCUGAUGGACACAUAA